AUGGCGCCCACCCUUCGCAUCAACGCUGUAGCCUAUAUUUCUCCCCAGAACCAACCAAUCCUUAUCCGCACUUUCAAUGAGAAGAAUGAAGAGGCUGUGAAGUAUCACUAUAUCGCGCAUACCAGUUUGGAUGUCAUCGAGGAGCGCAUGGCUCCGGAGAAUAAGAACACUGAAUGCUACUUAGGACUGCUAUAUGCGAUGGAGGACGUAGCAGUCUACGGUUACGUGACCCCUCUGAGAGUGAAGAUCGUCGUCGCGUUCGCGCUGUCUGACUCGGUGGUGCGCGACAUCGAGGUCAACACGAUCUUCAAAGCGCUACACAUGGCGUACUACCACGCCAUCUCGAAUCCCUUCUUGAAGCUCGACAGCGCGACCGAGCCCUUGAGUGAGAAGUCGGUUUACCUUCUUGCUGGCAGCCCGCGCUGGAAGAACUUCCGCCGACGCGUAGACGACGUGUGUCGCGCGGUUAGCAAUCCAGCGCCGCCUGUGGCCAUCGCAUAG